AUGUCCCGCCUGCCCCGAUGGCCAGACCUGUACCAUGACCGCGCAAACGUGCGAUGCCUGCUCGAUCACCAAAUGUGUCUCCAUCACCACCAACACACCUCCCCCUCCAACAGCACGAACGUCGGGGCGAUUGCCGGAGGUGUCGUGGGAGGUGUCGUCGCACUCGUCGUCAUCCUCUUCCUGAUCUGGUGGUUUGUGGUGCGCAAACGUCGCAAUGCCCAGGGCUCGGAGCCUGAAAAGGACCACACUAGCGCUUUCAACAGUGCCCGAGAAGCGCGCCAAUCCACACAAUCGAUCGCUUCAACGGUGCUGACGCGAGCCUCCAACGUCAUUCAAAUUGCAUACAUUCCCGGCGUCACGAACCGCUCUCCCCCCGAGACCCCCAAUACCUUGGUGCCUCCGGUGCCUCCUCUUCCUGGUGCGCACCCGGACCAGCACUUCUUCAUGCCUGGUGACCUGCGUGAUUCGACCUGGACCACCAUGACCGGUCACCAGAGUAUGUCGCCUACCUUGCGAAGCAGUGUGGCCACCACGGUUUAUCGCAGUGAUGCCAUCGUGAGCGCCACUCCAGCACAGCAGAUCCAGCGCUCGCGGGCCAACAUCGUCAGUGUGCACAACGGCCCGGGAGGCUCGGGGCCGGGCGAUUCGACUCAACCGACUCCCGUCAUGAUCACUCCCCGCGAUGCCCCUGCCGUUCCGACCAUCACCUCUACACAGUUGGCCAAAGCCAGUGCCUUUUCACAAAGCAACAGUUCCAUCGUGGCGCGCCAGGUAGUUGCCAAACCUGUCAUGGUGCGUGGGCCAUCGGUGAAAAAGAAGAACGGGAUCACCAACCGCAGCCCUAAGGUGGACGCCGCUGGAGGCGAGCCACCAGCCGGUGCUAAAUCCGAGUCGAGCUCCCAACAACUGGAUCAGCAAUCGUCGACACUGAACAACAUCGCCUUUUCCGACGAUGACUCCUCCAGCGCCAAUGAGACCCGGCCUACCACCUCCUCCAACUCGACCAAGCUCACAGUCCUUACUCCACCUGAUGAACCCCCUCAGAGCGAAGGACCUUUCCAGGACAAUGCCAGCACCCACAAGAGGUUAUCUGCCAUUGUCAUCGAUCCCAAGCGCAGCUCUCAACAUACCGACCGGUCUCCACCUCCUCGGGGAGCCAGUCCCUUUUCAGACGACAAUGAGAUGAGAUAG